GUCUUUAGAUCCCCGCUCCUCUCACUCUAGAGAGAGAGAAGACUGCGAGGAAGCAAAUCCCCUACCGACGACGGACCUCCAAACCCUAGAACAACCGCCAUUGAAGCCCCUCCGAGCUUCUGGAGAGACCGCAUCGGAAGUCGUCUGCCUGUACUAUAGAAGUUCAUUGGCAACCGUUGUGAGGGUUUUGCUAGGGUUUUCCGUGUAGUGUUACUGAUUGAUUAGAGUCGGAGCAAUCAUGUGGAACAACAACAACAACGGAGGGCAAAUUGCUCCUCCAGGUACCGGCGGCAACAUGAUUCCGCCUCCUCCAGCUCCCCAGCCGUCCUACACCGUCCUGCCUACGCCCGAGGAGGCCGAGGCUCGCCUCGAGGAGAAGGCGCGGAAGUGGAUGCAGCUGAACUCCAAGAGGUAUGGAGAUAAGAGGAAAUUCGGCUUCGUCGAGACGCAGAAGGAGGAUAUGCCUCCCGAGCAUGUGAGGAAGAUCAUAAGGGACCAUGGGGACAUGUCGUCCAAGAAAUAUCGGCAUGACAAGCGUGUCUAUCUCGGAGCCUUAAAGUUCGUCCCUCAUGCCGUUUACAAGCUUCUCGAGAACAUGCCCAUGCCCUGGGAACAGGUCCGUGAUGUCAGGGUUCUAUACCACAUUACUGGAGCGAUUACUUUCGUAAAUGAAAUACCGUUGGUGGUCGAGCCAAUUUACUUGGCUCAGUGGGGUACGAUGUGGAUCAUGAUGCGAAGAGAGAAGAGGGACCGAAAACAUUUUAAGAGAAUGCGUUUUCCGCCAUUCGAUGAUGAGGAACCUCCUCUGGAUUAUGCUGACAAUUUGUUAGAUGUUGACCCGCUGGAAGCUAUUCAGCUGGAGUUGGAUCCUGAAGAAGACUCAGCUGUACAUACGUGGUUUUAUGAUCAUAAGCCUCUAGUGAAGACAAAGCUCAUCAAUGGUCCAAGCUACAGGAGGUGGCAUCUGUCUCUUCCGAUUAUGGCCACUCUUCACCGGCUUGCGGGGCAACUUCUUUCUGAUUUAAUAGAUCGAAACUACUUCUACUUGUUUGACAUGGAGUCCUUCUUUACUGCCAAAGCGCUAAAUAUGUGCAUUCCUGGUGGCCCCAAGUUUGAGCCGUUGUAUCGGGAUAUGGAAAAGGGUGAUGAGGACUGGAAUGAGUUCAAUGACAUAAACAAGCUCAUUAUUCGAUCUCCUCUCAGGACAGAAUACAGGAUUGCAUUCCCGCACCUGUACAACAACCGGCCGAGAAAAGUAAAGCUUUGCAUUUACCAUACUCCUAUGAUCAUGUACAUAAAGGCUGAGGAUCCUGAUUUGCCAGCCUUCUAUUAUGAUCCUCUGAUACACCCCAUCACGAGCAUAAACAAAGAGCGGCGUGUGAAGAAGGGAAAUGCUGAUGACAAGGAAGACGAGGAAGAUGAGGAUGACUUCGAAUUGCCUGAAGGUGUGGAACCAUUACUGAAAGAUACUCAACUUUACACGGACACCACGGCAGCUGGAAUAUCAUUACUCUUUGCUCCACGUCCAUUCAAUACGAGAUCUGGACGAACGCGACGAGCUGAAGAUAUUCCUCUUGUGUCGGAGUGGUACAAAGAGCACUGCCCUCCAACAUAUCCAGUCAAAGUUCGAGUCAGCUACCAGAAGUUACUGAAGUGUUUCGUAUUGAAUGAGCUUCAUCAUCGGCCUCCUAAGGCUCAGAAGAAGAAGCACUUGUUUCGCUCCCUCCAGGCAACUAAGUUUUUCCAGACCACUGAACUUGAUUGGGCUGAAGCAGGUCUACAAGUUUGUAAGCAGGGUUAUAACAUGUUGAACCUGUUGAUACAUAGGAAAAAUUUGAAUUAUCUUCACCUCGACUAUAAUUUCAAUCUGAAGCCAGUCAAGACUCUCACUACAAAGGAGCGUAAGAAGUCACGGUUUGGGAAUGCUUUUCAUCUCUGCCGUGAGAUAUUGCGAUUGACGAAGCUUGUGGUUGAUGCUAAUGUACAAUUCCGACUCGGUAACGUCGAUGCGUUCCAGUUGGCUGACGGGUUGCAGUAUACCUUUUCACAUGUUGGUCAGUUGACUGGAAUGUAUCGGUACAAGUACAGGCUUAUGAGACAGAUUAGAAUGUGCAAAGACUUGAAGCAUUUAAUCUAUUAUCGAUUUAACACUGGUCCAGUUGGGAAGGGACCUGGAUGUGGCUUUUGGGCACCUAUGUGGAGGGUCUGGUUGUUCUUUCUCCGUGGCAUAGUACCUCUUCUGGAAAGGUGGUUGGGGAACUUAUUGGCCCGUCAAUUUGAAGGCCGGCAUUCAAAAGGUGUUGCUAAGACUGUUACAAAGCAGCGAGUGGAAAGCCACUUUGAUUUGGAGCUUCGUGCUGCUGUGAUGCACGACGUACUUGAUGCCAUGCCUGAGGGCAUAAAGCAGAACAAGGCAAGAACUAUUCUGCAACAUCUCAGUGAAGCAUGGCGCUGUUGGAAAGCAAAUAUCCCUUGGAAGGUGCCUGGUCUGCCUGUUCCUAUCGAGAACAUGAUUCUUCGUUAUGUUAAAUCCAAAGCUGAUUGGUGGACAAAUGUUGCUCACUACAACCGUGAACGUAUUAGAAGAGGUGCAACUGUUGAUAAGACAGUUUGUAGGAAGAACCUUGGAAGGUUAACUCGACUCUGGCUAAAGGCAGAACAGGAGCGUCAGCACAAUUAUCUGAAAGAUGGUCCUUAUGUCACCCCGGAAGAAGCUGUUGCAAUUUAUACUACUACAGUGCACUGGCUGGAGUCGAGGAAAUUUUCCCCCAUCCCUUUCCCUCCUCUGUCGUACAAGCAUGACACGAAGCUUCUUAUUUUAGCCCUUGAGAGGUUGAAGGAGUCUUACAGUGUAGCUGUAAGAUUGAAUCAGUUACAGAGGGAAGAGUUGGGUCUCAUUGAGCAAGCAUAUGACAAUCCUCAUGAAGCUCUCUCACGAAUCAAGCGUCAUUUGCUCACUCAGCGUGCCUUUAAAGAAGUUGGGAUUGAGUUCAUGGAUUUGUAUAGUUAUCUAAUUCCAGUAUAUGAGAUUGAGCCUCUUGAGAAAAUCACCGAUGCAUAUCUUGAUCAAUACUUGUGGUAUGAAGGCGACAAGCGCCACCUUUUCCCGAACUGGAUUAAGCCUGCUGAUUCAGAGCCACCUCCGCUCCUCGUAUAUAAAUGGUGUCAGGGUAUAAACAACUUGCAAGGCAUCUGGGAUACCAGUGACGGACAGUGUGUUGUGAUGCUCCAAACAAAGUUUGAGAAAUUCUUCGAGAAGAUAGACUUGACUAUGUUGAACAGGCUUCUUCGUUUAGUUCUGGAUCACAACAUCGCCGAUUAUGUGACUGCAAAGAACAAUGUCGUGCUUUCAUACAAGGACAUGAGCCACACGAACUCAUAUGGUCUUAUAAGGGGUCUUCAGUUUGCUUCUUUUGUGGUACAGUACUAUGGACUUGUACUGGAUCUGUUGCUUCUCGGAUUGACUCGGGCCAGUGAAAUUGCGGGUCCACCUCAAAAGCCUAAUGAGUUCAUCACGUACUGGGACUCAAAAGUUGAGACCCGGCAUCCGAUAAGGCUGUAUUCCCGAUAUAUUGAUAGGGUUCAUAUAUUGUUCCGAUUCACUCAUGAGGAGGCUCGGGACCUUAUCCAACGAUAUCUUACUGAGCAUCCUGAUCCGAACAAUGAAAACAUGGUGGGAUACAACAAUAAGAAGUGUUGGCCAAGAGAUGCAAGGAUGAGGCUAAUGAAACAUGACGUCAAUCUUGGAAGGAGUGUCUUCUGGGAUAUGAAGAAUAGGCUACCUCGAAGUAUAACCACUUUGGAGUGGGAGAACAGUUUUGUUUCUGUCUAUAGCAAGGACAAUCCCAAUUUGCUGUUUAGCAUGUGUGGAUUUGAAGUCCGUAUACUACCUAAAAUAAGAAUGACUCAGGAGGCUUUCAGCAACACAAGAGAUGGUGUGUGGAACUUGCAAAAUGAACAAACCAAAGAAAGGACGGCAGUGGCAUUUUUGAGAGUUGAUGAUGAACAUAUGAAGGUCUUUGAGAAUCGUGUGAGGCAGAUUCUUAUGUCAUCAGGGUCGACAACAUUUACAAAGAUCGUCAACAAAUGGAAUACUGCUCUCAUAGGUCUCAUGACAUAUUUCCGAGAAGCUACUGUACAUACACAGGAACUGUUAGAUUUGCUUGUAAAGUGUGAAAAUAAAAUUCAGACGCGAAUCAAGAUUGGACUGAAUUCAAAAAUGCCGAGCAGAUUUCCUCCUGUUAUCUUCUACACCCCAAAGGAAAUUGGAGGGUUGGGAAUGCUGUCGAUGGGUCACAUUUUGAUCCCGCAGAGCGAUCUUCGAUACAGCAAGCAAACAGAUGUGGGUGUCACCCACUUCAGAAGUGGGAUGAGUCAUGAAGAGGAUCAAUUGAUUCCAAAUUUAUAUCGUUAUAUACAGCCGUGGGAAAGUGAAUUUAUAGAUUCUCAACGAGUGUGGGCAGAGUAUGCAUUGAAGAGGCAAGAAGCACAGGCCCAGAAUAGGCGUUUAACGCUGGAAGAUUUGGAGGAUUCAUGGGAUAGAGGAAUACCUCGUAUCAAUACUUUGUUCCAAAAAGAUCGGCAUACUUUGGCAUAUGACAAAGGAUGGAGGGUGCGUACAGACUUUAAGCAGUACCAGGUGCUAAAACAGAACCCCUUCUGGUGGACACACCAGAGGCAUGAUGGAAAACUGUGGAAUUUGAACAAUUACCGAACUGAUGUUAUCCAAGCUCUUGGAGGUGUUGAGGGUAUACUGGAGCACACAUUAUUCAAAGGAACAUAUUUUCCCACUUGGGAGGGUCUCUUCUGGGAAAAGGCGUCUGGUUUUGAAGAGUCAAUGAAGUACAAGAAAUUGACAAAUGCACAGAGAUCUGGUCUGAACCAGAUCCCCAAUAGAAGGUUCACCCUCUGGUGGUCACCUACCAUUAACAGAGCUAAUGUUUAUGUGGGUUUCCAAGUCCAGUUGGAUCUUACAGGAAUAUUUAUGCACGGGAAGAUUCCUACCUUGAAGAUCUCUCUGAUUCAGAUAUUCCGUGCUCACUUGUGGCAAAAGAUUCACGAGAGUGUUGUCAUGGAUCUUUGUCAAGUUUUGGAUCAGGAGCUUGAUGCAUUGGAAAUUGAAACAGUGCAGAAGGAAACGAUUCAUCCUAGGAAGAGUUACAAGAUGAACAGUUCAUGUGCAGAUAUUCUUCUCUUUGCUGCCCAUAGGUGGCCAAUGUCGAAGCCCAGUCUUGUUGCUGAAUCUAAGGAUGUUUUUGACCAGAAAGCGAGCAAUAAGUACUGGAUAGAUGUACAACUUAGAUGGGGAGAUUAUGAUUCUCAUGAUAUAGAGCGUUACACUCGUGCCAAGUUCAUGGACUACACUACAGACAACAUGUCUAUAUACCCAUCUCCAACUGGGGUAAUGAUUGGGAUUGAUCUUGCUUAUAACUUGCAUUCUGCCUUUGGUAAUUGGUUCCCUGGAUCCAAGCCACUGCUUGCUCAGGCAAUGAAUAAGAUCAUGAAGUCGAAUCCUGCCCUAUAUGUUCUGAGGGAGCGUAUAAGGAAAGGUCUACAGCUAUACUCUUCAGAACCAACUGAACCGUACUUAUCAUCCCAGAACUAUGGAGAAAUAUUCAGUAACCAGAUCAUAUGGUUUGUCGAUGACACUAAUGUGUACCGCGUCACAAUCCAUAAGACAUUUGAAGGAAAUCUCACCACGAAGCCAAUCAAUGGUGCCAUUUUCAUAUUUAACCCAAGGACUGGCCAGCUGUUCUUGAAGGUUAUCCACACAAGUGUCUGGGCUGGGCAGAAGCGUCUCGGUCAGCUGGCUAAGUGGAAAACAGCAGAAGAAGUUGCUGCUCUUGUGCGAUCCCUGCCCGUUGAGGAACAGCCGAAGCAGAUUAUUGUCACUAGGAAAGGAAUGCUUGAUCCAUUGGAGGUCCACUUGCUUGAUUUCCCCAACAUAGUCAUCAAGGGAAGUGAGUUGCAACUGCCUUUCCAGGCUUGCUUGAAGAUUGAGAAAUUUGGAGAUCUGAUUCUGAAAGCAACAGAGCCCCAGAUGGUUCUGUUUAACAUCUAUGAUGACUGGUUGAAGAGCAUCUCAUCGUUCACAGCCUUCUCCCGUCUUAUUUUGAUCCUCCGCGCGCUUCAUGUGAACAAUGAGAAAGCUAAAAUGUUACUCAAACCUGACAAUACUAUUGUGACUGAACCUCAUCAUAUAUGGCCGUCUCUGAAGGAAGAUCAAUGGAUGAAGGUCGAAGUUGCUUUGAGAGAUCUAAUACUGUCGGACUAUGCCAAGAAGAACAAUGUGAAUACUUCAGCAUUGACACAAUCUGAGAUCCGUGAUAUUAUUCUUGGAGCUGAGAUUACUCCACCUUCGCAACAAAGGCAGCAGAUUGCAGAAAUUGAGAAACAGGCGAAGGAAGCAAGUCAGCUCACAGCAGUCACAACGAGGACGACGAAUGUUCAUGGUGAUGAACUGAUCGUAACCACCACAAGUCCCUAUGAACAAUCUGCAUAUGGAUCCAAGACUGACUGGCGUGUCAGGGCCAUCUCAGCUACAAAUCUUUAUCUCCGUGUCAAUCAUAUAUAUGUCAAUUCGGAGGAUAUAAAGGAAACGGGAUACACAUAUAUCAUGCCCAAGAACAUUUUGAAGAAGUUCAUAUGCAUAGCAGAUCUUCGGACGCAGAUCGCUGGCUACCUGUACGGGAUGAGCCCACCUGAUAACCCUCAGGUUAAGGAGAUCCGCUGUAUUGCUAUGCCGCCUCAGUGGGGAACUCAUCAGCAGGUGAAUCUUCCCAGCGCUCUUCCUGAGCACGAUUUCCUUAAUGACUUGGAGCCUUUGGGAUGGAUGCAUACGCAGCCCAAUGAGCUUCCUCAGCUGUCUCCACAGGAUUUGACUUCACAUGCUCGGAUUCUUGAGAACAGCAAGCAGUGGGAUGGGGAGAAGUGUAUCAUAUUGACCUGUAGUUUUACUCCUGGUUCUUGCUCUCUCACUGCGUACAAACUCACCCCUUCGGGUUACGAAUGGGGAAGGGUCAAUAAGGAUACUGGAAGCAACCCCCACGGCUAUCUUCCAACCCAUUAUGAGAAGGUCCAGAUGCUUCUCAGCGACCGGUUCCUCGGGUUCUACAUGGUACCGGACAAUGGUCCAUGGAACUACAACUUCAUGGGAGUGAAGCACACGUCGAGCAUGAAGUAUGGGAUGAAGCUGGGGACCCCGAGGGAGUACUACCACGAGGACCACAGGCCCACCCACUUCCUGGAGUUCAGCAACCUGGAAGAGGGAGAGACCGCUGAAGGCGAUCGUGAGGAUACAUUCUCUUAAACCGGGCACCCAUCAUCAACUCUACCGGUUAGGCCUGGCGGUGAUUUUGUUGUUUCAGUAGCAAGUGUGGAAGCAUAUAAGCUCUUUUUAACAGCUCAAUCUGAACUUGUGCCUCACCUGUAACAAAUUUUACAACUUGUAUGUGUACAUAAAGUGUGAUUCAGGGAAUUUUGCUGCUUAUGAAUUCAAAUUCAAAGCGGUUAUCGAUCAUUUGAAAGCAUAUUUUUGUCA